GCGUGAGGGCUCGCUGGCAGCAUGCCGCUGGUGAAGAGGAAUAUCGAGCCCCGGCACCUGUGCCGGGGGGCUCUUCCCGAGGGGGUGACGAGCGAGCUGGAGUGUGUCACCAACAGCACGCUGGCUGCCAUCAUCAAGCAGCUGGGCAGCCUCAGCAGGCACGCGGAGGACAUCUUUGGUGAGCUCUUCAAUGAAGCCAACAGUUUCUACAUGCGGAUGAACUCGCUGCAGGAGAGAGUGGACCUGCUGGUCAUCAAGGUGACGCAGCUGGACUCCACUGUGGAGGAAGUUUCGCUACAGGACAUCAACAUGCGGAAAGCAUUCAAGAGCUCCACGGUGCAGAACCAGCAGGUUGUAUCUCGCAACUCCAUCCCCAACCCGGUGAUGGAGAUGUACCAGCGCUGCGACAAGCCUCCACCGCUCAACAUCCUCACGCCCUACAGGGAUGACAAAAAGGAUGGCCUCAAGUUCUACACCGACCCCUCCUACUUCUUCAACUUAUGGAAGGAGAAGAUGUUGCAGGCGACAGAAGAUAAGAGAAAGGAGAAGCGCAGGCAGAAGGAGCAGCGGCUGGUGGAGGACUCCACGCGGGAGGUGAAGAAAGUGAGGAAAGCCCGCAACCGGCGCCUGGAGUGGAACAUGAUGGCGUAUGAUAAAGAGUUCCGACCCGACAACAGGUUCUCACCAUCCCCCUAUCACAUGGCAUCAUCGGAAGGAUCACUGUCCCCAGAUAAUAGAUCUUACGCGUCAGAUGCAGCCGACCACUCGUACCCGGCGAGCCCCAACCACCCCGCACAGCUGCUGGCCCCGGCAUCCCACCUGGCCCCAGCAGAGCACAAGGAGGGGGUACUGGUGGCUGCCCCCACCCAGGAGCACGUCUACCGCCCGGUGCCGGCGGCGGGCAGCCGGCAGAACAGCCUCAACCGCCUCCAGCAGCCCCACGUGCCGCAGCCUCCCGAGGCUAUCCUCAACGGGCCGAGACCUCAUUUAGUCAAGGAUUACGGCCCGCAGCCGGUGCCGAUGGCAGAGUACUUCGUGCCGCCCGCCCCGCCGCCCCCGCCGCCUGUCAUCCCCUCCGCGCAGACCGCCUUCGACAGCCCUAUCUCGGCUCCCCCUGCGCUGCCCCCUGGCUCAGCAGCACCCCCCUCCUAUGCACCCUCGCCACCCCCCGUGCCUCCCGGCCCCUACUCCGCUUCCCCGCCGCAGGCUGGCCCCAUGGGACCCCCGGUGGCACCCCCACCGCCGCCGCCGGGGCCCCCCGUGGUCGCCGCCUCGCCGGCGCACUCGGCUUCGCCGCCGGCCCCCGCUGUGGAGCCCCGGAAGCAGCAGAUCCCGCUGAUGCCCAUGAGUGAUGCCCGGAGCGACCUGCUGGCAGCCAUCCGCAGGGGAAUUCAGCUCCGGAAAGUCCAGGAGCAAUGGGAGCAAGAGGCCAAAAAAGAGCCCGUGGGCAACGAUGUGGCGACAAUCCUGUCCCGCCGGAUUGCGGUGGAGUACAGCGAGUCCGACGACGACUCCGAGCUGGACGAUAACGAGUGGUCAGACUGAGGGGCCCCAGGGCUGGGCUGGCGCGGAGCUCCCCGGCUCCGUCCCAGGUGUGUAUAGGCGCCUUCCCCAACGUCGAUGCCAACAAGCGCGGGCAGCCCCGCUCAUUCAGGAGCUUUGCUUUCACACCAUUUUGAAAACCCUCCGGGCAGCAGCAGCACUGGUAGGAUACACCUCGGAGGCAGUGAGACCAGAAAUUAGCAGCACCUUCACAUUUAAUGACUUCAAAAAUGCUCUGAAGCCAGGUUAAUAGGAUUACUCCAGAUUUACACCUGGAGCAAGACCAGAGACUGGCCGUGAGCGUGCUUUGCGAGCGAAGGGAAACCCAGAGGCAGCAGUGCUUUUUCAGCUAGAUGUUAAAUGUGCUAAUGAAAAAGCUCCUGGGGAAGAACCCUGACUGCACAGCUGGUGUCACCAUGGGCACGCAGGGAUGACCGUGCACUGGGUUUGGGGAUGCUCUGCUGCCUGCGUUUGAAGGAUCGGGCAGCUCCAAAGGCUGUGUGUGGGGAGGAGCCUCCGUCCCCAUAGAGCGAUGCACUGCCUUUUGUGGCAGCUGCAUGGGGAUGGUCACCAUCGUGCUGUUGCUGCUUGGAGAAGACCAAGGCGUUGGUGACCUAGGCCCGUUUCCAUCCUUAGGACCAGUUUUCUGGGAGAAAAGUGUGAAGGCAAGGCUUGUGUGCAGCUGGCAGGGAGACACAGCACUUGUCCGGGCUUUGAACGGUACAGUGUGUGCUGUCCUUAGGGGGGAAAGGGGCUGCCAGCAAGGGAGCAGAGGUGUCCAGGGAGCUUCCCCAAGCCCAGCUUUCCUUGGCCUUAGUGCUACACCAUUUCAGUGUUAUUUGGGAAAAAAUUAAUUAGACAAAAUGCUGCUUUUACGUAAACCCUCGACUUGCACUUUGCAGCCCCACAAAUUGCACCCAUACAACUGAGAUCAGCUGGGACCCACUAAUCCCCCCAGCCUGAUCCUGCCCCAUCCCUUACCCCACAGGUGGGCACUGACAGGGGACCCUGGAGAGCUGGGCCCCCACCACAGCACUGAAAGUAUUGGUUUGCUCGUCAAAAGAGAGUGUGAUUCAUCAGAGGCUUUUCACACAGCUACAAAGGGAGGAGGCAGGGGAAGGGAGAGCAGAGGGGUGGGGAAUAGUGAAAAUAGCACAGUCAGGAGUAAGAGCCUGCAGAGAGCCGGGAGAGGUUCCCCACCAGUAGAAAAUGGGCCAGGACUGGCCAUGGACUUGCUCAACAUGGUGUUUCCAUAGACCACGAUUACCUGCAUGGGGGGAAACCAAGUCCCCACAUUGCAUCUCUUCUGGGGAGAAGCUGGGCUCUGAGCUCCCCUCUCCAGCUUUCCCAGUAGCCACAUACGCCAAUGGCUACAAAAGUAGUAUUUUUAUUAUCUAGGAGCGACCAGACCUGUAAAGGAGGUGGGAGGAUAUGGCUGGGACCCAAAAGGCUCAAAGGCUGAUGCUUAAGUUCACCCUGAGAAAUGCUAAUGUUGAACCAUACCCCAAGUAUCUGCUUGUUUUCCUCCUGGUGAGAAACCCUUCACAGUGAGAAAUAUCCUCAGGAGCCCUCCCUUUUCUUGACUGACACAAAGCGAUCUCUGGUCCCUUGGAUGUGACACCCCCCAUAUCCCUGCAUCUGGGCUGUGGUGCUCAAAUGGAGGAGUGGCGUGGAUGUGGGAGGGGGCAAGGGUGGUUGGGGAAGGGUUUGGGGGUGGAGGUGCCCUGCCAUGGGCCACAUCCCCAGGUUUGGCCCCCCUUUCCUUAGGGAAAGCUCCCCUUGACUUCAGCAGGGCUGAUUGUCAGAGAAGGAACUGCAAAUAAAAUCCUCUGAUUUAACUCCCAGAAUUCCCCAUCUCGGCAGCGCUGAUGCCAUUUGAGCUGCUUGGGCACUUGUCCUGCUCUGUGUGUUGAGGGGCAGCGGCUCCCAGUGCGAGGAAGACCCGGCAGGGUGGGAUUAGCUGUACGGAUCAAUCCCAGUUCCCGUGUCAGUCUGCCAGGAGGCUGGUGGGGAGGCUCUGUACCUCCCAUUUUACCAAGCUCCCGCUGUGGGCAGGCAGGGCAGGCAAGAAGCGGGAGAGCAAUAGGACGCAUGGAAUAGCUCAUCUGCAAAACUGGGAAACGGGGUUGACCAAAGGAGGCAGGGAGACAUGGUGUCCUGCAGGUGGCCAGGAAAUUCUUGAUGUUUGGCGUUCACCAGGAGCUUUCAAUUUGACGUUGACCCUCUGAGAUACAGAGAACCAGCUGCAAAUCUUUCGGCCAAAGCCUGGCAUCUCCACCCAGGCAGAGACCCUACAGUACCCACGACAGACUUUCCUAGGGAAGGCAGCCAGGGUUUGACCUGGAGCAAGUUCAUAAGAAAGUCCUGUAAAAAUUCAGAGUAACAUUUAAGAGCCACCUGGUAGUAUUUAUUGUAGAGCGUUAUUAAUCCAGUUGCAAUGGUUUGUAUGUGAAGAGAAAUUGGGUUUAUGAGAAUAAUUUAGAAAUAAUAACAGCCCUUUGUGAGAGAGGGAAUAGCAAAGGGCUGUCGGAGCUGCCGUUACCCGUUACGUUGGUCAAAAGGCUGCAGAGACCCCGGUGGGGCUUGGCCGGAGUCUCACCAGCACACGAAGGCAGGAAAGCGGCUCUGGGACCUGUGGGGCCGGCUCGUCCCUCGGGUCUGUGACUGCCCCAAUUCUGGGAAGCUGAGCUGAUCCUGGUGGGAACUGGAGAGGAGCUGAGUGCCCUGAAAAGACCAGGUCCCUUCUUUUCAUGCACUAGUUGCGUUAUGUGCAUCAUGUGAAACCGUGGUAAUUCUGGUAGGACUCCAUUGGCACGUGGUAGGUCAGGAUUGUCCCGGUAGCCCCCCACAGCAACUUUGCUAUGCUUGGGAUUGGCAGCAGUCAGUCAACCCGUGCUACUAUCAGGGUCAAUGCCGCUGUAUGGCAAAGCGCUCGACAAUCACGUAAUUCAAGCCUUGCCUGCCCUGUGCACAGGUCACGCCCACAGAGCGGCUGCACAGCUGGGAGCCUCAGGGGUGCAGGGAGAAAGGCUCACCCUCGUUUCGUCAUGCUUUUGCAUUCUUACACCACCCUCUCCUCUUCGGACAUCCCAGCACAUCCUCACCAUUUGUAUUCUGCUUAUGGACGUUCCCAGCCCCUGAUAGCACAAGCCCACUUCGCAUGCUCAACUCCAGAGCAAGUCAGCAGGACCAUAACCUCCUGGCAUUGCCCAUUGCUUGAAAACAUCACGAUCCAGCUCUUCCAUGGAUCUGAAGUGCCUCAGCUCCACUGAAGCUGUCUCGAUACCAGGGAUGGGGCUGAUCCACGGGGAGCCUCUGCCCAGUGAGGUGUCUGCAUCAGAGCUCAUUGCUCAGGUUUCUUGUGUAGCUGGUGGAGAAGUAGCCUAUAUAGUCAGCAUGGGUUGUAGACACCCAUUUCUGGUCUGAUCACAGCACACCUUGCUCUUCCUAGCUCUCUCUUGGCAGCACCACAAGGCAGGCAAGCACAUGGUGGCACCGAGAGCCCCAGUCUCAUGGUACAGCCACUCCUGCUAGGCCAGCUCUGCUGGGCAGGCCAACAUCCUCAGUGCCUUUGCUUGAGGGACUCGGCCACGUUUGAGGAGGACCAUCUCUAUUUCAGGUGCAUUCAUCUGUUUUUUGCCCAGGUGACAUCUGACAACACAAGCGACACCAGCUCCUUGGUUGGGCUGGGUUAGCUCUGCUGGAAUUGGUUGUGCCAUACUGAUUAACACUGGCUGGCUGACCCACAUGCUGCAUGCUCAAUAUUUUGUACAUACGUGCCUAUUUCUGUAUACUCUUCCAAAAGUAGGCCAUGCUGCGUUACACAACCUGAAAUGCUCAAAUCCUCAUGUGGGCUGAUAUAAAAGUGAAUAUUUAACUAUUUUCUCUAAUUUGGCCACCAUUAAAAAUACAAUCCAGGUCACAGAUGAUUGAAUUUCUCCUCUCUCAAGUAUACCAGAAGUGGGCUGAGAAGAUUCUUCUGUACAUUAAGGUAUCGUGUUCCAUGUUAAAAAUAUAGCAGCAUUUCAUUGCCAACAGACAAUCACAGAGUGCCAAACAUUUAAUGAGCCCAACUGAUCUCCCGAGAGUUCCUCUUUCCAUUUUAUCUGCUUUCUCCCACUUGCCAAUUUAUGGGCACAGAUUAAAAAUAAUAAAUAUGACUGCCAACAGGGGGAAGUAUAUUCUGUGUGCAUACAAAUGAAUUGGGCUGGAGGCAGCAGAAGAGUAAAUAAGCCAGUUUGGUUCUGCUUAGAGAUAUUAAUUGAAGGCUAGUCCUUGAGGUCCAUCAGGAACCUCUUUGACAUCUCUGAUUUAUCUGAAAAGGGACAUUAUUGGGACCAUCAUGCCCAUGGUCCACCAGUCAUUGCCUGUGAAGGCUACAUCAGGCGUGAAGUCUGGUCUUGCUCAAGUUUCAUGAAGGUUGGUGGAAGUCUAGCAGUGUUCACAUCCUGGUAUUGCACCCUCGGCGUCUCCUUGAUUUUGAGUGAACACUGGGGCUGGCAGUUGACACUGGUGGCUCUUAGAGGGUUGGCAUCCUGAGGGAAGAAGGGUUUGGGUAUUUUCUAACUUUCCACCCUAGGCAGAGACCUAGAGAGGAAAAAGCAUCACAUUGUAUGAGAGCUCCUGCUUUUGUAGCUAUUUUAUCUCAGGAAGGUUUUAUUCUGGUGACAAACGUAAGGCUGAACAUGGCUUCUCCAGACAGCUCCCUUCAUGUAAGAGCCCUCAGAUUUCCCCCCCGCAACUUUUCCAUCUCUGUCUGCCUUUCAAGACACCAAACAGCCUGAUCAGCAGCUUUGCAGACUGCCCUGGGAACAGAGCCUGAAUUUAACACCUCAACUUUGACGAUAAAAGGAAGUUUCACUUGGACGGGGGCAGGCUGUAGCACUGGAGGUGGUAUUUUGGAAGAUGCUUUCUGGAGGUGCAUGGCCAGCAGGAGUACCACGCCAUUUCCUUGUGGAUGGACCAUGGAGGGCCGUGGGAAGUGCUCCCCAUCACGGGAUGCUGGCAAGGGGAGCAUAGGCUGUUUCUUUCACCAUGAUUGCUCUUUUCCUGUAGUAGUAGUUGUCAUUCAGGGGUAAGGUUUUCUCAGCUGGCAUGUCACUUUACAGAUUAAAAAAAAACAACAGCAAGGACUCUCUCCUGAAGAGUUCACAGUUUACAGCAAAGACCAUAAAACCUGCACUGCACUUUAGAAGCCUCAAAUGCUCACUCACCCAUGGAUUUACCUUCAACUGGUCAGCAGCACCUUGAGGACUGUUGUCUCUUCCUUAGGUGACCCCGUGACCAGCCCCACAACCACAUCCCCCCGCUGAUGACAGCAGUGGGACUCUCCUGCCCCUCCACUAUCCCCACGCAAAAGUGCCUGAGCAAAGUAUGGGAGCACCAAGACAUGCUGGUUUUGUCUCUGAAUGGGUCUCCAUGCCCUUGGAGUGUGCCUGGCCUUUCCCAGUCCCCACGCAGCUGUGCUCCUCCAGGAUGACCAUGCAUGCGAUAGGAAACAUGCCGUGCUGCAGCUACCUGCCCAUGCAAUUCGUGUGAUGGCCUCUAAGCUCACAGAAAGUGUCCUCCUUCAGGCACUUACACCCAAGCCUAGACUUUGAAGUAUUUCAGUCUCUUUGAAAGUUGAAGGAGGUUUUUGCGAGUCUCCCCUUCCUUUAACAAACCCCAGGUUUUCUAGGAUCACUUUCAAGCUCCCCUUUCUCCAGGUGAGAACUGUGCCUGCAUUUUGCUGGGGGAUGGAAGGAGGGAAAAAAAAACCCAACCCACAGUCAGGAACUUCAGUGAGGGGUUUGCCCCAAAGCCUCCGGUACCAUGCCCACAGGCAGGGUGGGAGGAAGACACUAGGAUGUCCCCAAAGGAAGAUACCAUCCUGGUGUUGUCACUAGGCUGAGGCAGAGCCUGCAGCAAGGGAUGGGCUCUCACUGCAGGAAAUCUCCAGGCAAGACCUGGAUGGGACAUGCUUGGCCAGUGUCCCCUGAAGGCAGUAUUGAUGUGACAUUAUCAAUAUCAGCAUCUGUCUUGCAUUGGUACAGGACCCAGAGGCCACAGGCAUCUCCACAGCACUAUGUGAUGGUAGAUCACCAAUGCUUCACCCUCCCAUAGGCACCCCUCCGAACAGGUAUCUCCCCACAGGUGCCACCUUCUGGAGCAGCAGGCAGAGGUCCCUCUCUAGUCUUUUGCUUUUAGCAAAAGCAGGCUUAAAUCUGCUGUGUGUCAUUGUGUGUGGGGGUUUCUGAGCCCAAGAGUGCAUGAAAUGAGCCUUCCCCUGCAUACCUAUCCCACGGUGGCAACACCAGGGGACUGGGUUGGCCCUGGGGGACCUCUAGCCCAGUGGUAGUUCUAGCACUUGGGUGUGUAGAAAGUAUUAAGAGUGUAGAGAGGAGAAAACGAAACAGAAGGAAAAUAGCUUGGCAUUUUAGGUUGGUUAUGCCCCCACCACUCCACACAGUAAAAAAAAUUCUGGUAGGUAAAACCCUGUGCAAAGCCAUGAAGGGCAGUGGGGAGAAUAAACCUGUUCUCUGUGGACAUAUCGGACAAGAGUGCAAGGCAUGGGAUCGAGUUGUGGCAGAAAGGGGUUGAAUUGGAUCUUAGGGAAAGCUUUCUCAAGGUAAGGAUGGAGAAACUCUGACAGAGGUUGCAGAGGCUCUGCCAUGGAAGGGCUUUGAAAAGCAGGUAGGCAAACACCAGAGAAGAGCACGAUCCAUGCCCCUGUGUUGGGCCAGGGGAUGCCCACAGGUGUCUCUUCCAACUUGGCAUGUUUGCAGUGCUGCCUCAUUCCCUCCUUCAGGCUUGGGGCAUCACUACUUGUGGCUCUGUCCCAGCAGGUUACAGCCCCAAAGCACUGCCCAUCAGCCAGGCCAGCCUGCUUCUGCUCUCCUUAGCUUUGUUGCCCCUUUUCUGAUUUGGGUGUUGACCCUUAAAUAUACUAACAAUAAAAUGUACUACAGAAUAAACAGCUGAGAGGGAAGGAUGAGAACUAACUGCAGAAAACAAGGAUGCACAGCUGUACCGCUCUAUUUCAAUUAUUAGAAGGCAGCAGCUCCAGCAACCUGCUGUUCCAGACCAUUCGUGGUCCACAGACUGCAGCGUGUAAACCAUGCUGGUGCAUUAAGAUGAACAAUUUAAAAGCGAUUCUUUGAUUUGGGGUGACUCAGUUGAGGAACCUAAAAGUGAACAACCACCACUCUCCCCAUCCAAAAACUUUUUAAAAAAAACCCAAACAACUUACAUGCCGUCUCCAGAAGGAAAUAUCUGUUCAGUCUCCUUCCCCUGGACCUUGAGGGAAAGUCAGACCCAACGUUGCUUCCCAGCUAGCCAGUCGUCACCAUAACCACUUUCAGAAAUCAGUUCCUUAAGACACCAGUGUUUCAGAGCAGAGCAAGCAGCGCAUCAGCCCACAGCGCAGCAAGAAGAACCUCCUACCCUUGUAGAAGGUGCUUUUGUCCCUGAAGGCCCCACCCCAGCUCAAGUAUUUCAAAUCCCAUUGAUUUUCACCUGUUACCAGCGCUUCUGCCUGAUGCCUCAGCUGGGAACACUUAACUCCACAGAAAGUCACUUCUUCCCAUGAAAAAAAUGAACCACAAAAAUAUUGCAUUAGAAACAAAGUGGACUUUGAGCCUGAGGAUGUUACAGUGAUGAUACUUGUUGAGUUGUUGAUUUCCUGCUGGCAGCAGGCUCAUCUUUGGCACAGUCCUGCCAGGUCUCCAAAACUUACACUGCUAUGAGCAUCAACACCCCCCGCUCACCACCGCCACGACCAAAGUUGUUUUUAUACUGUUUCAGGUCUACGUUUAGUUCUGGCCAGUUUUCCACAAAUGGGGCCUCUCUUUGUGGUGCCUUUCAUCUCAGAUCAGAGCAGGUUAGGAAAAAGAAAGAAAAUCCCCACCAAAAAGAAACCUUUUUCUCCAAAAGGCAUUUUUAGGAGCGUUUCAGGGCUGAUGGCUCCCCGUCUUAAUAGACUUCUUUCGUUCUGGGGCCGCUUGACCUGCCUGGGGGAAUCGGAAACAGGGUAUUUUCCAUCAGUUGAUGCAGGAGCGCUGCUGGUGCUCUCCUCCCCUCCUCCUUUGGCUGUGCUGUGUCACGUGCGGGGCUCGGGUCCGGUGUUCCCGGCGGGAGAGCAGCGGGGCUGCAGCAGCGUGGCAGCUCCUUACCGACACAAGUGCCUUUUCUGGAGGUCCCCGUUGUAUCGCUGAGGAGCGUGGGGCUGCACGGGGUGGGUGGGCUCGUUGAGCUGGGGGGAGGGCUGAGCAUUUCCAAGCAUUUCUGAUGCUCAGCCUGUCCUCACCUGGGUGGAAGCCUGGACCUGCCCAGGCCCUGAGGCAUCCGCUGGGAUUCCUCCUUCCUUGCGUAUGGGCUGUUACCCCUGCAGCUGCACAAGGGUAGUUUUGGGAGCAGUUUUCACUCCAAUCUUGGCCAACCCAAGGAAAACCUGCUCUGGCAACCGCACGUCUCCAGGUGCACGUGCAAACAUCGCACCUUCGGCGUGGGGACAGCCCUCAAGAGGACAUGGUGGGCAUGCAGGGAGGGGACAGAUCGUAUCACCGCUUUGCUGUGGGAUGUGCACGUGCUGGUGGGUUUGCUCCAGGGUAUGUGCUUUGCUGCUGCCGUGGGACAAGCAUUCGGGCUGGAGAGCCUUCCUCCUCCUCCUCCUCCUCUUCCUGCCCCAGCCCAGGGUCGUUGGGGCAAUGCCAGCUGCUGUGGCAGGACAGGAGCCAUCUCGCUGCCAGGUUUCCAUCGCCUUCACAGUGAGUAGGAGCACAAGCACCUCUGGGUGAGGCCAGGUGCUGCAGGAACGUUAUUUUGGGGGGCAUUGAAGUCAGGUGAGGAUCAUCUCCUGUGCCCUGCACCCAGCAGCCUGGAGAUCAAGGCUAGCCCAGGUUGGGCUGGGAGCUCCUCAGACACCCCAAAAACCCCUCUGCAAUACCCAAACUCAGGCCUCCCAGAGCACUGAGGGCUGGGACUGGUCUUUACGGAGGUUAGCUCCAGCUCUGCAGGGGUGGCACAGCGGGGCCAAGGAGCGCCCAGCCCUUGCACUUGGCUUCCUGGGGCAUUCAGCAUCAGUGGGUUGCCCCUGAUGCUCCUACAAAAGGCUCAUUUUUUCAGUACUGGCAGAAGUAUUGCCCAUAUUUCCUUCUACUUGCCAUUUGAUAGAAGCAGCUGAUGGGAGAUGGGUGUCUCUCCCAUGGGAGGGUCACCCGUUACAGGCCAUAAUUUGACUUUCAUUAUUACAUAGUUGACAUGAAAAAAGAUGUUCACUGUCUAAUGGGGUCUUUUAACCAUGUGCACUUAGUCAAUAGGUGAGUAGAUGUUGCUGCUUAUAUCUAUCUACCGUACCCAGUUGCUACGUGUGAACAAGUGUAUUUCUCCCCAGUGUUGUGGGUUCUGCCUGUCGUGACACGAUGAUGGAAAGGUAGGGACUACGUCGGUCGCAACACGAGCUUUCUUCUGUACAGUGUAGAGAGGAAACUUGGAACGAGCCGAAGCACCGCUUGUAACUACAUUUGUUUAAAAAAUGUCAUCUUAAUCCCAAACUGUUGACACUUUAUGCA